AUGGUCAUCCUUGGUGGACUCGAGAUCAUCGCCGGAGGCUAUAUUGUCCACCGCUACCAGAAGAACAAGAACGAGAAGAAGAGACUCGAACAAGAGGCUCAGCAGAGGCGACACAACACCUUCCCCGGCGCAAAAUCGCAGCCCUUUAAUCAAUCACAUCCACAACACGCGAUACCCCCGCAGAAGCAUGGCUAUGUAGCACACGCUCCACCUAAUCGUUCCCAAUCAUCUUAUCCUCCUCCGCAUCGUCCUUAUACUGAGCCACCACCGCAUCGGCUGCACAAUGCUCCACAUGCAUCCCAGCCGCAAACCUUCAUGAUUCCGCGACGCCCGCUUCCCAAGCAGCAUCAUGCACCGCCGCCCCCGCAGAUAAUACAACCACUUCAGCGAGCCGACUCCAUGGCAACGAUAUCGCGCAUGCCUAUCGCGAAUGGUUACCGACCCAGCAAUCUGCUAGACGAUCCUCAACUCCCCCCGCGUCGACAGAAUUCACAGCUGUCGCCAAUCCCUCAGUCGCCCAUGGCUCCGCCGUACGGGCACCCUGGUUUUGCCGUUUCAUCGCCUGCCCUUGUCAACUACCCUACAACGACUACCCAUAGCCCGAUUCAGUAUGGUGGUAGACAGACCGUUGACGAUAACUGGGAAACUUUCAACCAGGCGCCUGGUCACGGACACUAUGCCUCCACGGUGUCGACGGCUCUUGGAGAGGCCAGGGACGAUGAUCCUCCGCCGCCGUACCGCCCUUAA